AUGGCUCAACAAACACAACAGGCGUGCGGAUAUUACACGGGUUCUUAUUCUAUGGACGAAGAUAGGGCUAUAUAUGGCCUGGGAUCGAAUCGAGAUAUGCCUUCUCUAUGCCCGAACUGCAAAGGCAACCCGAGAGACCGAGUCCACUGUAACCGAUGCGGCGCAACUGGAAUGCUGGGUGUCCCUGGAAUUAGCGCCGACGAUGGGCGACGGGACAGAGGUCAAACUUCUGGAGGGCCUAGUUCGGGACGUGGGAACUCUAGAGGGGACUCUUCUGUCUUCCGAGGUUCGAGACGGUGA